UCAGCCACUGUACUGUACUUGACUCUCUCUGCGAUGGAUAACAUCCAGCCGCUACUGUCUGUACUAGACGUAUUCACUCGAGCACCAGACAAAAUAUCACUGGAGAAUGCCAACACAUGGCUUCAAGACUUCCAACACUCUUCAGAAGCCUGGGCAACCUCUAAUGUCCUUCUCCUUUCUCCCGAUGCACCUUCGGCAGCAAAGCUUUUUGCUGCACAGACCUUCAGAUCCAAGGUCACCUACGAUCUCCAUCAAGUCGAUAUAGCUAACCUGCCAUCUCUCCGGGAUACGUUAUUGACAGCUCUGAAGAGUUACCAGGCUGGGCCAAAGACCAUCAUCGUUCAACUAUGUCUCGCACUGGUCGGUCUAGCCGUGCAGUAUCCAGCCUGGGACAACGCCGUACAAACCAUGAUUGAUAUUUUCGGGAGGGAUCCAUCAUCUGUUCCUGUUUUAUUACAGUUUCUUACGCUCCUACCUGAGGAGCUGAGCAAUAGCGCAAGAUAUCCGGUUUCGAAUGAAGACCUUCGUCAACGGUCAAAUGCUCUUCUUACUUCCCACUCCGAGCAAGUCAUCGAGUUGUUAGCAAUGUACUUGCAGGCUCCUGGUGUAACGGCUGCCGUGCAGGAGCAGGUGUUCAACUGUCUUCGAACCGUUUUGGCCAAGACAGUUUUACUCUCAUUCGCCUUCGAUGCACUUGCAUCUGAUCAGCUUUUUGAUUCAGCUGUUAACGUCAUAUGCGAUCUCAUUCACGAAACACAAGAAGUCGAUGCCAAUAUGCCUGUCAUCGAACUAAUUGUUCCUAUGGUUAUCGCACUGAAACCCCAGUUGACCAAGGAAAGAGAAGAUCCGGAGAAAAUAAGAGGAUACGCUCGCAUCUUCUCAGAGGCAGGAGACACGUACCGGCUGCUUCUGAUACAACACACAGAAGCGUUCUUCCCCAUUGUAGAGGCGAUUGGAGAAUGUUCAGCCUACCACGAUCUCGACAUUGUCCCUAUAACCUUCCCCUUCUGGAUGCGUCUGGCAAAUAAUUUGUCGAAAAAACCAUCCGUCCCCCCUCUCUUCUUAAAUGCAUAUCAAGCACUUGUAGGCGUAAUCAUCGGCCAUUUGCACUUUCCACCAGAUUCUACGCCUUUAUCCGGACAGGAAGCGGAUGACUUCCGGUCAUUCAGACAUGUCAUGGGUGAUACUCUGAAGGACUGUUGCAUCGUCCUUCGCCCUGAUACAUGUAUCCUUGCUGCAUACGAUCGAAUUGCUGCAGCUCUCAGUCGAAACAACGUAUCAUGGCAGGAAAUCGAAGCGCCUUUGUUUGCGCUCCGUUCCAUGGGUGCUGAGGCCGUCCCUACUGACGAUGUAGCUGUUCCAAAAAUCAUGGAUCUCAUACCAACGCUACCAGAUCAUCCGAGAGUUCGCUAUGCUGCACUGCUCAUCAUAUCUCGGUAUACAGAGUGGAUUGGCAUGCAUCCAAACUAUAUCUCCUUCCAGCUGCAAUACAUAUCGGCCGGUUUCGAUAUCCCGGAUCCUGAAGUUAGCGCUGCUGCUGGCGUAGCUUUGAAAUACAUGUGCCAGGACUGUAGACAGCAUCUUACGGAGUUUUUGCCUACCCUCCAUACGUUCCUAAAGUCGUCGGGGGCUAAAUUAUCGCAGGACGACAAGCGUCAAGUAUACGAGGCUAUCGCAUACGUCAUUUCUGCCAUGCCCAUGGAGAGAGCUGCUGAAUCAUUGCGCACUUUUUCUGUGGACAUAUUGUCGCGGGUUCAUGAUGUGACAAAUCAAGUUACUGUGACCAAAGAAGAAAUGCAGAAGGCUUGCGACGGUCUUGAAAAUUUGGAAGCUAUGCUGUAUGUUAUUCAGAGCUUCGGCGAGGAGUUGCCUAUCGCCUGUCAAAACACGUGUGAACAAACCUGGGCAGUCUUCGACAACUUCUUGACAAAGUAUGGUACGGAAUACGAAGUUGCAGAAAGAACAAAUCGAGUUCUGCGGCAUGGCAUCACCUUCUACGGGCAGGCGGCCCGGUCUGUGGCAGUUUCUGUUCUGACGAAGAUGUCAUACAUGUUCGAUACCAGCCAAGUAUCAAGCUACCUGUGGAUUGGUGGCAAGAUCGUGGAGGGAUUCGGCGGUAGCGGGGAUAAUGCAAUUCAGGCGGCCUGCCGAGAGAUUUAUGAGCGAUCUACGCAAAGAAUGAUAACUCUUCUCCAGACGAAGCAGGCUACGGAGAUUCCUGAUGUCCUGGAGGAUUAUGUCCAUCUCAUGCGACAUAUUUUACUACACACCCCGGAUAUUUUCUUCCAAUCACCCGCGUUUCCAAUGGUGCUGGAGGCUUCUAUGGCCGCUCUGACGGUGGUCUACGACUCUAUUGUCGAUGUCGCGUUGGACCUUUUCCAUGACAUUCUAACACACAAAUGCCUAUCACCCUCACCCUCCGCUCCUUCUUCCCCCCAACACGCUGUAUAUGCCGCAGCCAUUCAAAGCAUUUUACAGAAAGAGGGUUAUCAGCUGGUAGGGCAUCUGCUUGAUGGUCUUGUGGGUGAUUUCUACGAGGAAAUGACCAACUCGGUGGUGUCGAUUUUCCGAUCAACGGCGUACCUUCUUCCGUCCGAGCUUUUAUCGUGGCUGACCCCCAUACUACAACAAAUACCCACAACGAAGGUCCCUGCGGAGAUAAAAAAUGAAUUUAUUUCCGAUAUAACACGGGCGAUUAACGAGGGGCAAUUUGAUAAGAUCAAGUAUGCCAUGCUGGCGUUACGACGUGGGUCGAGGAAAGCACGGGAGAGGCGGCGGGAUGGAGCAGCGUCUUUCCGAUGAUGAUGGGAAAGAAUUUCAUGACUCUGUAUUAUUUUGUUUGAUACAAUACGUUAAUUAGGUAGGUAAAGAGUAGGUAAGUGAAUAUAAAGUGUACGAAGCAAUACCCCAGACUCGGUGCAUUCUUUCCGAUGAUGAUUUAUGUACUCUGUGCUUGCUACAGUAUGUUAACAGGUAGGUAAGUGAAUAUAAAAGCAUACGAAGCCGUACCCCAGACUCGGCACGAAUCUGCGGGGGGCGGGUUAACCUUGUGCAAGUGGACCAGAGUCGUCCAGGCCGAAAAUA